AUGUGUCACGCAGAAAGGCUUUAGACGACAGAUGUAUAAGUCAUUGUCACGAGUGAAUAAAAAGUGAUCAAAGAUUUGCUUUUAUUAUGUUAAAGAAAAAAAGAUAACGUGAUUUAAUGUUCCACGUAUUUAUCGGUCAACGUCCAAUGCAUUAAAUUAAAAAAAUGGCGGAAGGUUCGGAGUUGUGUUACUUCGAUCUAAGGAUUGUACAUGAUAAUUUUGAUAAAGCUCUAGUGCAAGACGACGAUGUUGAUAUUAAAGCAUAUUUGGAUGCCUAUAAUGAGUUAUACAAAUUUUUCCAACUUAUGGGCAGUGUAUUCAGUUUUGUUUCUUCUGAUUUGAAACAAAAGAUUGAUAUUCUCGUUGACUUAACAAAUAAAAAUGAUCAGAAUUAUAUUACCAUUAAGUCCAUGAUAGAGCACGAAAAGGAAAAUAAACUCAUAGAGAAAUCAGAUACCGUUAAUGGAGCGCGUACUUUGCUGCGACUUCAUAGAGGCUUAGAUUUUAUAAGAGAAUUUCUACGACAACUGGGGGAGUUAAGCGACACCGAUAAAACAUCUACAUGCUGCAAAGAUGCAUACAACCAAACCUUAGCGAAGCACCAUCCAUGGGUAAUACGCAAAGCUGCAAUAGUAGCAAUGUAUACUAUGCCUACUAGAGAACUAUUAUUUAAAAAGGUUUGCGGUGCCAAUGUACAGCGAAAUAUAGAUAUUCUACCAAAAAUGCUUGAAGUCACUGCUGACGUAUUCAAUCGUACUCAUAAUUUGUACGAACUGCAUCAACUGCACACCUUACCAUAAAAAAAGUAAGGUAUUGCGAUUACAUGGAUGUCUUUAUAUCAGCUUUCAUCAAUUUUAGUCGAAUUCACGAAGUUUAAGCACGUAUUAACAUUUAUAAUAAGUGAUCAGUAGUUAUCGAGCUAUUGUAACAGGCUGUUUCUCCGGCUAUGUCGCUAAUAAUUGCCAGCAUAAUUAUUCGUGAUACGAGGAUAGUUUUUAUUUAUUCAAACAAUUUUUUUUUAUAGUACGAAAUUUGUAUAAUAGAUUUUCAAAGAUUAUUUUUCAAAUGAUUUAAUUUUUAUAAUCGAUUAGCGUCUAUUUGUUUGGUUAUUUUAAAUUAUUCAAGGGAGUUAACAAAUAAUACUUUAAAGUAGAGGUAUUAAAUUACCUUGUACGUGAAAGAACGCAUAGAGCACUAUAUACAAGCACGUUCUUUUUGUGUGAUAUUUACGCUAUAUAUAGAAUUUAUAAUUAUAUUUACUGAAAAUGUACAAACGGGCAUUACACCCUGCGGACGUCUUUUUUAAACUAUGGUAUAUCUUACUUCGAAAGAAUAGAACAUUCCUUAAAUGCAUUUUGAUAACAGGGGAAACACUUGAAUGAAUUCUAUCUUUUAAGUAAUUACGUCAUGUAUAGUAUUUAUAAAAUGAAUGAACAUACAUACACAUUUAUACAACAGUAUUUUCUCUAUGGACAAAAAUGUAUAUGGUAAAUGCAUCACAUUAUUGCGCUGUCGUUUUUCAUUUAUAAAUGUUUCCAAAAGUUAUUUACAAUAUCCUUCUUUUAAUUGGAGGGAAUAAAUGACAAAAUAAUUUGGCCUAUCUUUAAGUCGCAUAAGAAGAUUUCUUCUUAAUAUUCAAGAGUAUAAUUUGAGAUCACAUCGUUCGCGUUCGCAUGAGGUAAACUAUUAUCCUCUAUCAGCAUACCUAAGAAAGAGAUAAUAUAUAUACAAAUAAGUAUUAAAAAGGGAAUAUAAUUAUUGUGAAAUAAGUGCAAUAAUUAAAUUGAACUAAUAAGUAUGAAACUAUUGUUCAUUUGGUAUAUCUAAAAGAUAAAUAAAUAAAUACAAAUAACA